AUGGAGGUGAUUGGUUUACAGGCUUCUACUAACCUGGACAGAUUACCAAGUCAGGAACUGGUGUCAUUUGCCACCCUAGCUCAACUAAUCUGGUUUAGAAGAAACACUCUUAUUCAGGAUGACCAUUUUCAAUCUCCUAAGGUGCUCUUUGGUAAUGCUGUAAAGGCUAUAGAGGAGUAUUGUAAUGCAAGAGCAAAGUCAGCAUGGUCAGGAAUUAAGAAUCUGCUGCUUGCUACUCAAUGGGAAACACCUCCAUCAUCUUGGGUGAAAGUGAAUUGGGAUGUAUCAGUAAAAUCUGAUUUCAAUAAGAUUGGUGUUGGUGUGGUGAUAAGAGAGGUUGAUGAUUCUGUUUUGUCUAGUUUGAUGCAACCAAGAUUCUAUUGCACUGAUCUUGUGCUGGCUGAAGCAAGAUGUUUACUCUCUGCUGUUUUAUUUUGCAAAGAGUUGGGUCUCAACUCUUUAAUCUUUGAAGGUGACUUUAGUCAAGUUGUCCAUGCAGUCAAGAGUGUUGCUUCUUCUACUGGAAAAUUGUAG